AUGACGCUUUAUCUCGUCCCUCUCGUGACGGUCUUCAUGACGGCUGCAGAGUCUGGGCGAUUAAACACCCCUCACUACUACGAAAGACUACUGCGUGGUACGAACAAGGCCGAAACGGACCCUUUUGACACGGAGGAGAGGGGGGUGUUUUCCUCGAUCAAGUCCAUGGGGACGAGCAUCAAGAAAUGGGCCAAAACGAAGUAUUGGGCUGAGACGGGAAAGAGCGAUGACUACGUCAAGCAGAAGCUUGGGUUGAGGGACGUACCAGAAGCUGCUUUGAAGUCGAGUCCCAAGUACAAAGUCUACCAGCAGUUUCUACACAAGCAGGAGGGUGUUCAGAUGGACGACAAGAUACGCAGACAGAAACGUUCUGGAAUGACUUGGGGCUGA